GUUACUUAAUUUUGGACUGCUGUUUGAGUAGCUCGAUGUAAGGACAGCGCGGUGUCUAUUUGGUGUGUAGCGCAUACAGAAUCAGUCCGGAUCCAUUAUCUCCAAUAGAAGUUUGACAAAACGCCAAGAUGUCUGCCUAUGAUGAAGAAGAAUCUAAGUUUAUGCGAAAGGUGAAGGAGAAUCCUUUUGUCCCAAUAGGAAUGGCAGGAUUCUUUUCCAUUGUGGGCUACAGACUUUACAAGUUGAAGAGCCGUGGAGACAUGAAGAUGUCAGUGCACCUUAUCCACAUGCGUGUUAUGGCCCAAGGAUUCGUGGUGGGAGCUAUGACCAUUGGUGUCAUUUAUUCCAUGUACAAAGACUACAUUGUGAAGCCAAGAGAAGAACUGAAGGCUUUGCAACAGCAGACUGCAGUUCAACACAAAUAACCUGAUAAAUGAAUAUGGACUCUUUUGGAUUUAUAUUUUGUACGUCCCCUUAAUAUUACCUCAGUUUGCCAUAAGUUGUAUAUCUACACCUUUCCCACAUAUAACACACCUCUUAAUGUACUAGGUAGUUUUAAGGAAUUCUCACUCACCAAGAAUGUCUACUGCACUCUUUUUAGACGAAGAUGCCAUGCCUUACCUCAACUCAGUUUUGAGUCUCCAUAUCCUCAAAAUGUGUGUGUUUCCUGAGUGUUGUCACUUUGAUGAGACAUAGAUAUGAGCCAACUGUAACUACCUGAGAUGGUAUUGCAUCUUAGUGACACACAAAACAUGACGUAUGAGAUUAUUGUGAAUGCAAGUCUGUUGAAGGUACGUGGUUGACGAGGACAAUUGGUAAUGGAAACUCACAUUCUAAAAAAAAAUGUUUUAGAUUUUAGGAGAACAAUAUUUUGGGAUAGGUCACAGGAUGUUGUAUGAAAUAUUUAUUGGAUGUUAGUUACAUCUGGUUAUCAAAUGAGGAGCAAACAGCCAUUUGAUGCUAUAAAACGGGUACUCUUACCCCACGAGAUCCGAAGCCUGCUGGUUCUAUUCUACCUGACAAUUAAUUGCAUGCACCUAUUGUCCCAGCCUCUGAUUAAAGGGGAACAAUUAAAAAAUACAGUGAAACUGGCUUUGAGUUUGAGGGCUAUAUAACAUGCUCUGGAUCAGCGAAGGCUAUUUUUAUUUUAUUUAUUUCACCCUUAUUUAACCAGGUAGGCAAGUUGAGAACAAGUUCUCAUUUACAAUUGCGACCUGGCAAUUGCGACUACCUAUUGGGUAGUUUGAGUUGAAGUGACUGUGUUGGUACAAGACAGCCAGCUGUUAUUAGGACACAGGUCUUGCUCAACCACCACUAUUCCAAUCGUCACUCUGAAUGCUUUUCUGGAUUUCCUUUGAAGGGUAUUUUAUUGUAUUUGUUUUAUUUUAUUGGUUGAUUAUUAGAUUAUUUAGAUUCACUCUAUUAUUAAAGCUGCAAUGUGUAACUUUUUGGGUGACCUGACAAAAUUCACAUAGAAAUGUGAGUAAUCGAUAUGUCACUCAUUGACAGCAAGUCUAGCUGUAGAUCUGUUCUAUGUGCACUAUUUCUAUGCUUUCCACUUUUAAGUUUCAUUUUUGUGACUUUUACUUUCGGUUUUGUGCACCCGCUUCAAACAGCUGAACAUACAAUAUUUUUGCCUAUGUGAAAAUACAUUUCACAGCAGUUUAGACGGUACAAUGAUUCUCUACACGAUACUUGCUUGUUUUGUCACAUAAACUGAAAUUGGACAAACUAUUGUAAUUUUUGCGAUUUCUGCAUAGUAAAUCUUUAUGUAUUGUAUUUUACCAAUGAAAAAUGUGUUGCACCUUACUAUUGUCAAAUGGCCUUUACUUAUGAGUGCAAUAAAGCAUCCCCCUAAUAGGUGGUAGUGACCUGUGACCUGAAAAUAGGAGAGGCUACCUAAAUCUACCUAAAUCAGGAUCUCAAAAGAGAUCCUUAUGUGAUUUUUGUUUUCUGAUAGAAGCUUAAUAAAUUGAUAUUCUGUAAUAAAAUGGUCUCCCACAGCUAAUGGCUGAAUUGUUUAUACAGAGUAAGUAAUUGGGCAGUAGGCCUAUAAUCAUAACUUUGAUGGAACUGCAUUUAAGGCAUUAUUGUCUACAAGCUGCUGAAAUUUUACCCAUCUAUGUUAUAAGUCAUUCUCUCCCAAUGUUGAGUGCACUGGAACAUAUUCAUCAACAAUAGUGUGUGAAAUAAAUACAAAUUAUUAA